GUAAAGAUGGAAUUCAAUUUCGAGAACAAAGUUAUAAUAAUAACAGGAGGUAGUUCAGGAAUCGGGGCUGAAACAGCUAAAAUGUUCGCACAGUACAAAGCAAAGCUAUGCCUCGUAGGUAGAAAUGAAUCUAGAUUACAAAACGUAGCACAACAUUGCGAAUUAAUCAGUGGAAACGUACCAUUAUGUAUAUUAGUCGAUCUAAUCCAAGCAGGCAGUUGUGAAAAGGUAAUAACAAAAACUGUUGAAAAAUUCAAAAGGAUUGAUAUUUUGGUGAAUUGUGCUGGUAAAUUAAAACUGGGAACAUUACAUGAGAGUGAUAUCGACGUAUUCGACGAACUGAUGGCAAUUCAUUUGAGAGUACCAUAUUAUUUGACUCAACUUGCAUCACCACAUUUAAUUAAAAGUAAAGGAAACAUUGUUAAUAUUGGAUCUUCGUACUUAGAAAGGUAUAAACCAGGAUUACUUCCUUAUAAUGUCUCAAAGAAUGCAUUGGAAAAGUUCACAAGACACGCUGCAAUGGAGAUGGUAACCGAAGGUGUUAGAGUCAAUAUUAUAAAUCCAGGAAUGACACGAACUAAUUUGAUACACAAUUUAAACAUUGAUGAGGGUGAUGUAAACUACGCAUACGACAAUCUUAUAGCUGAAUUAGGUCUGAAAAAAAUAUUAGAACCCAAAGAGGUUGCUAAACUUAUAUUAUUAGCAGCCUGCGAUAUGAUGCCAAACAUGACAGGAUCGAGUUUAAAAAUAGAUGGAGCUGUUAUAGUGUAGUGUAAUAUAUAAUACUAGCUAUCGCCCGCGAC